CGCCCGGGGUGGAGCGGGAGGGGGGGACGAGCCCACUGUCUCCGAGCGGAGGCUCCUUGCAGUAUUAAAAUAAUAACGCGAGAGUUGCAAGUUGCUUCCCUCUUCCCCGACCGUAAAACUGUCAAAGGUAGCCGGGAAGGGGGGCGCGGGGGAUCGCGCAUGAGCCAGCGCCGCCUCGCCCGCUCCAAGCACGCGUGUGUGUGUGUGUGUGCGUGCGGGGCCCUGGAGAGCUCGCCACAAGCACCGAGAGAUGGCGGAUUCGUAUUCCUUCAGAGGUGGAAGGAGAGCUGCAGGGUCCAGCAAAACCAGUGCAAGCAAAGAAGGCAGCAGGACAGAGAUGAGGGUAAAUCCGAUCCCUGAGCCCCCCAAGCUGGGAAAUGCAACCAGCGACAAAACAGAAGGCAAGAAGAAAGGGAGACCUAAGGCAGAAAACCAGGUGCUGAAAGACAUUCCUCUGCCCCUGAUGAACCAGUGGAAAGAUGAGUUCAAGGCCCAUUCCAGGGUGAAGUGCCCCAAUUCAGGCUGCUGGCUGGAGUUCCCCAGUAUUUACGGCCUGAAGUACCAUUAUCAGCGCUGCCAAGGGGUAAGGAGGAUGGAGGGGGCGAUCUCGGAGAAGCUGACUUACCCUUGCUCUUACUGCGAAGCUGCCUUCACAUCCAAAACCCAGCUGGAAAAGCACAGGCUCUGGAACCACUUGGAUAGGCCCGUACCAGCUAGCAAAGCAGAAAACAAAGUGCAGAAAGCCGUGGGCAAGGCCAGUGGCAAGAAAAGAGCUGCUGAGAGUUCAGAUUCCCCCACCAUCCAUCCCAAACAGGCAAAGGUGGAGAAGACUGUGGUCCAGGAGCUCCCCGAGAAUGGAGAGUGCCUGGUGGAGAGCAGGAAGAACAAAGCAUUUCAGAUCACGGCAGUGGAGGCAGGAGCAGCAGCUACCCCGACGGCCAAGUCUUCGAGUUGCAAGGAUCCCAAACAGCAAGGGGGCACGCAGGCUUCCCUCCAGGAGGAGGACCCAGAGAGGAUGAAGCACAGAAGGAAACAGAAAACUCCUAAGAAAUUUACCGGGGAGCAACCGUCCAUCUCGGGGACGUUUGGAUUGAAAGGCCUGGCAAAAGCAGAGGACAAGGCAAAGGCCCAUCGAGCCAAGAAACUGGAGGGGACCAGCAGCACGGAUGAGCUGAAAAAGAAGCCGCCAGGAGCCAGUGUGAAAAGGGAGGCUGUCGCGCAUUUAUCGUCAGCAAACCCAGAGGAUCAAUGGCAGCGGGAGAUCAAUGAGAAGGGAGAAGUUGCCUGUCCUACGUGCAGCGUUAUAACCAGGAAAACCAUUGCUGGGCUCAAAAAGCACAUGGAAGUCUGUCAGAAACUGCAGGAUGCCUUGAAAUGUCAACACUGCAAGAAGCAGUUUAAGUCCAAAGCUGGGCUCAACUAUCACACCAUGGCUGAGCAUGUCAACAAGCCUGGUCCCUUGGAAACCGCUGGAGUUGGUGAACAGGAAGAGCGGGAAAGGCUGAGGAAAGUGCUAAAGCAGAUGGGGAAACUGAAAUGCCCCAACGAGGGCUGCACAGCCAACUUCUCCAGUCUGAUGGGGUACCAGUACCACCAGAAAUGGUGUGGGAAGCAUCCCUCUGAAGUGGAGAAGCCCAUAUUCACCUGCCCACAUUGCAGGAAGAAGUAUAAAUCCAAGGCGGGACAUGACUACCACGUGCGGUCGGAGCACACUUCUUUGCCUCCCGAAGAGCCAGAGGUGAAGCCAGAGGCCACCCCAGUAGAAGAUUUUGAAAGGACUCCUAGUGGUAGAAUCCGGCGCACAUCAGCCCAAGUAGCGGUCUUCCACCUGCAGGAGAUAGCUGAGGAUGAACUGGCCAAGGACUGGACCAAACGAAGGAUGAAGGACGACCUGGUACCUGAAACUAAGCGACUAAAUUACACCCGGCCGGGGCUUCCGAAGUUAAAUCCGAGGCUGUUGGAAACCUGGAAAAAUGAAGUGAAGGAGAAAGGACACAUCAACUGCCCCAAUAACAGCUGUGAAGCCAUCUACUCCAGCGUUUCUGGCCUGAAAGCCCACCUGACUAACUGCAACAAGGGAGACCACUCUGUUGGGAAGUACCGGUGCCUUCUCUGCCAGAAGGAGUUUAGCUCAGAAAGUGGAGUCAAGUACCAUAUCAUCAAGACUCACUCAGAGAACUGGUUCCGAACCUCUUCAGAGGCUGCCCGGAAAAAAAAGAACAGGGACCAGAUUUCCUCCAGCCAGGAGGAGAAAACGAAAAGCACAAGUGGGAAGAAAAGGGGGAGAAAACCCAAGGAAAGGCCCCCGGAAACGUCUCUGAAAGGCAAAGAGAGCACGGCAGCAAAGACUAAUCUUAAGAAAGCCACAGAGCACUGGGAAGGGUCCAACUGCAGCCCCGAAGGGAGAGAGAGAGGCACCAAGCUGCCCGCCAACAGGAAAGGGGGAGCCAGUAAGAUGCCUGAGAAAUAAGAGGUUCAGAGACUCUCUGAGGAUUAGUUUACAGCCCAGGGUAACGGGGUGAGGCCCCCCCAGUUUUCUCUCCCCCGCCCCCUGCUCAUCCGUUUUGUUUUAAAAACAAACAAACAAACAAAACCACUUUAAGCAAAAUCACGGACCGUGUUUCACACUGGAAAAAAGGAAAAGACUGCAAUUGUCCAUCCAUCACCCGCGUGCACACGCCCGUACCCCUGGACUCCCCUACACACACACACACACGUGCGCACUUGUGCGUUCACUCGGGCUGCACAGCUCUUCCGCUGACAUGUCCCAUAAUGCAGCCAAACCCCUGCAAAGCAGGAACCCCUCCCCCCGACCGUUUCCUUCAGAUUCUGUGCGCUGAACCGGUGAUGCUUGAGCAAGAGGAAAGUGCAAUAGAGGCAGGGCGUAAAGGCUUUUUAUUUGGGAUUGCUUGUCGGAUUGCAAUGCCAGCAUAGGAUCCGGAUUGGUUUCUUUUUGGGUGGGGCCGGGGAGGGAAGAAUAUGAUCUUUUAGACGCUGUCUGUACCACGCCCACAAAAGGUGCUUCAGCCUGUGGCUUGUUAGUUGUGAUGAACUAGGGGUGGGGUUGAAGAGGUGUCUCCGGUGAAUAGGCUUUGGCUACCUGUUGCAGUAGCUGGUGAGGCUUAGAAAAUGCCAAUCCCGAAGCCAGAUGCAGAACAUGGUUAUAGCCAGGAUCCAAAGCAUCGCGCCCUUAGGAAAGAUUUGGGGUUUGUAAGGCAAGCUGGUGCCCCGUGGCACCCACCCGGAAGAGCCGCAGUUAAGUCCACUUUGUUUCUAUGAAUGAUGCUACUGCUGGAUUCCCAAAGGGAGAGCUGUAGCUCGGAAGCCCACCUGUCGCUUUCAAAAGAUGUCAUGGAUCCGAGCAUUUAACCCAUGUUCUGUUGGUUUCAUGGCCUGGCCAGUGUAUUGGGCGUGGUUUCUUCUCCACCAUUAGGAUAUGCAGGUGCGGUGACCGUAGGUAGCGGGGCGUUUGCCGUAGCACAAGGCGUUUGUCUGGUUUGGCCGUUGUCGUUCACAAGUAGCAAAGAAUGCGCAGCGAGGCAAGAAACAUGCCUGUGGGGCAUGAGGAAAAGAUCAUGACUGUCAGAGGUGCAGCGCACUUGUGACUCCAGCGAGCGUCCACUGGAGCGCAGGUGCCCAGCACCUCUGGAAAUCAGGCUCAGUGAAACCAGUCCCAGGGAAGAGUUUUUAUAUGGGGGGAGGAGGGGCAUUUGUUUUAUUUUUUUUAACUGAAGGCCGGGCAGUUGCAAAAUUAUCUGAGCUCCAUUGCCAGAUUGAAGGGGAGAAAAACCCUCUGGAUUUUGAGAACUUUUCCAGACUUUUUUUUUAAAAUGUACAUCAAUAUAAAAUACUGUAUCAAAUUGAUACUGAGCUAUUGGUACAAAUAGCCCAUUAGCAACAGAGCUGGGUGACUGCUGCAGAAAAUAUGCAUGGACAUUUCUUUGAAUUCCCCCUUUCUGUGCUCGCUUUCUGCUGGCAGGAAUGUUUACUACAAGAGCAAACGCUGUGGAGGAUUGGCGGAAAGAGACUUUCAAAUUCGCCAUCAUGAGCCUUCACCCCGGACAGCUGAUUCUAAGAGUGAGGCUCAUUCAGUCACGGGUCAGAAACAAACCACAUGACCUAUCUGUCCGAUCAAACCAGCUCCACUUUUGAAUAUUGAAGACUCGCAAAGACACAAGAGGGUGAAGAACUUCCGAUAACUAAUCCAUUUGAGAACAUUGCAAGAUGUUCACGGACAGAGAAAGAGGCAAAAUUCAUCCAAGUGCUCUAUGAAUUAGUCACCCAGUUCUGUUCACUAGGCCAAUGAGAUCUCUCCAGCCUGAAUUUGGUGCACUGGAUUGGCACCAAGUGACAAUCACAGGUCAUGCUUUAUAGCCACACCUCCGUGGCUUGAUGGAUGCACUCCUCUCUUGGCUUGUUCUCAGCUCCCUCCCUUUGGGAGGAACAUGCCGCAGCCCAGGGGAGCAGCCUCUGAUCCCCUGAAACUCAUACUGACCUCAGUUCAUCUUCCCAAUUUGUCAUUACUGGGAAUCCCUUUCAAACAAACGCACUUGUUUUGCGUUCAUAUUUCCCUGAGCUGAAAUUCUCAGAACACCUCGCUCUGGGCUGGAGGAGAAACUUCCCCAGACCAAAGUCCAUCGGCUUCGAGACAAAAACCAGGCUACCUCGCUCCUUGAUAAAUACAUGGGGCUCGCUGCAGUUCAUAUCACAAGGAGGCUUACCAGAGCAUUUUUGUAACACGUUUUUCACUUACCAGUGGAACAAAGCCCAAGUAGCUUUUCCCUCAUUUGUUCCCAAUUGUGGAUUUUGGAAGGUUACGUUCAGGGGGAAAAAAUUCUGCUUAUUUAGUCAAUUAAUACCUUGACCUUCACUUUGCUUCACUGCAUUUCACAGCCUGUCCUCCAUCCCCUCGAUUCUUAGUAUUUUUUCAUGCUCUGAGGAGCCAUUCAGUAAUAAUUAACGUCCUUCUCCGGUGACACAUUAUUACUGCCGCAGAGAUAGAGCCGUCUACUCCUGAUGUCAUGUCAACUCCGCUGCGAAUCCUUGCUUAAGUGCCCACCGUAUAUCUUGGCAGCUGAAUUAAAAUGUGUGCAUUUCCGCUGGUAGCACUACUAAGGAAGUGUGGCUAAAGCCUCCGCUACUUGCCCCUGAAAACAGUGGCCUAAAGAUAAAAUCCCUCCCUUGCGUUUGGCCAUUGUUUACGGAACACUGUUAGGCCACAUUUUAAAGCAAUUAGUGAACAAAUUUAAUUAACCGGCACAUCUGGUCCUGUUUGCCUUUUGGGUGUCAUCUGUUCUGUUGUUUAUCUUGUUGUCAGUAGUGCAAAGUACAGACCUUAUCCCCCAGAGGAAGAGAAUGCUUCUUAGUAGCCAGAAGGCCUGCGACUCCCUAGCCUUUGCUACAGGACAAACUGGAGUAACUUUCCUCACAACUUUUCAGUGCAUUACAAAGAAAGUAGGAAAAAGAUGAGCAGUUGAAAUUUUGCAGUCAUUUUGGUGAUAUUCUAGCCAGACAGAGCUCAACGGUAGGGCUGCCUGUUUCAAACGGAGUCAUCAAAGCAGUAAUUACCAGAAAGCCAUUUGCACUGAGGGUUAUUAUUCCCAGGGUGGCGAAACGCUGUUAAACUGUAUCCCACAGAGAGGCGCUGUCCUGUUGUUGUUCCGUGCUCCUAUUGCCACUUGCUAAAAGGUCCUGGAGCAGCAGUCGCAUUCUGCCGUGCCGUUGCAGGAUGGAACGCAGCGCGAGAAGGGCUGUGAGAAGUAACAGGGCCUC